CUGUAUAUCAUCGCAACGAACGUUUCGUAACUUCUACGAAUGUUAUCCGAUUCGCUCCACGUUUUAGGUAUAUAGUUUUGAUACUUGUAUCUUACAGCAGAUACGAUACUAUUAUCGGAUCUUAAGAUUGACAUGCAUAUUUCGGUUGUUUAAAGGUUUAAUAGCGGCCGUUCGAAUACUUUCGUCAGCCACUGUAUAUCGCAGCCAGCGCGAAUAAGUGCACAGCUCACGUACUGUCUGUUUUCUUUCCUUUCUUCCUUUUAAAAAACGUGGGAGCGCACUCCGUCUGGUUGUCCGUGCAAUCGACGAUUAAACCCGAUUAAGUCGCGCCUCUCGUUUGAUGCAUACGUGGAAAGAAUUUCACGGCGAAUGCGACUCUCUGUCCUCGAGUAGGCAAUGGUGCGUCAGCAAGAUGACUGAAAUUGCAGAAGGAACGAGACCACGGAUCGCUACGUUCUCCUUAUACUUCGAUAGAGAACUUUGCUAUUUCGUCUAGCCGCGAUUUUUCACUUUUUCAAUUUAUCCGCUGUUUAAGUUACGCGCGUUCGUUUGUUUUGGCCCGCCACGAUCGCCAUCACGAUCAUAUCGCCGCUGUACAGACAGGCGAGCGGCGCGUUAUCGUUGCGAUUUCAGUAUCGCGGCGAUGAUGAAUCGUUCGACAGAUUUAUAUUUCCCGUAACUCGAUAUUGAAAAUAUAAGGUCUGGCUUGGAGCGACGUAGCCUCGUUGAGAUUUUGCAGCGCCAACAAACGCGAUUCGGCACCUUCGGUUUCUCAACAGCGUAAUCGCGCACGUCUCUGUGCAUUGCAUCGUCGAGAAUGUAAUUCCGCGGAAUCGCGUAGCGUCGCUACCGCGAAAUUACAACGACGCCGCGUCGUUCGUCCGCGUUGGGCCUUAUAUUUCCAAUGAUGCAAUAAUCCACGGCCACGUGCGAUCUUGUUAUCGAAAGCGUAAAGUUGCCGAAUCACAGUGCCGCGAGAUCGCUGCUACAUCGCAUUGCUCGCCUACGUCUGGCGGUCUCUCCCCGCGCCCCACGUCCCAACGAUUUCCCUCUUUAUCUCUGUUAACGAUCCGAGAAUUAUCGAGAACCGAUCUCAGAACGGUUAUUAAUCGGCGUAGCUAUCGGCCGAUCGGGCAAUUGGUUCAUCGACGUAUCGACAAGAAGUUUCGGUGUAUAGAUGCGAUACGCGAUGGCUUGUGCGGCCACCUUUCAAAGCGGUCGAUAAAAGCCGCGCGCGCGUCACUACGAAUGGAUCGUCGAGACAUUCGAGUUACUCGAUAUUGCUGGAGAAUCGGCGAUAUUGUUGUCCGUGUAUAUAUUGACGUUACGUAACGACUGGAUACAGUAGACUGUGGGAGGUCGGGAGGAGGCGGACGAUCGCGUAUACUCGCGGUAUCAUAGGAGACGUUUCCUCGAAUACCUCCGUAAAGGCAUCCGCGGUGAUUCCGCUCUUCUUCUCUUUCCCCCAUGCAAGCUGCUUCGAGGAAGUUUGUACGGUUCGGAAUGAUUUGUAUUUUCCGAAGAACGCAAAUCACGUCGAAACAUCGUAUAUACAAAGAUACGCCGUAUAAGAUGCCUAUUCCGUGGUCGUUUCAUUUUAAAAAUCGUUUCGGACGUUCAUUACGUUCCGUUUAGGCGUCCCGUUUAUUUGUCAUCGAGAUGAUGAUGAGAUCAUCGUCGAUGAAAUGCGAAACUCCGUUCGCGAAGUCGCGUUCCGCAUCUUCAGAAACUAUACUUUCUCCUAUGGCAGCUCGAUAAGCUCGGCUGGAUCGUAGCGAUAAUACUUGACGCGCGAAUUCAGGCCUGAAAUUGAGAUCGAGAUCGCGCAGGAAACUACCAUAUAAAUUCCGUGCGAGCGUUUCUGAAUUAUUAUGUAACGAAGAGUAGUGUCGAGCGAUUCCAAUUGAGGGUCACACGCACGUAGACUAUACAUGACGAACAGAUAGAUAGGCAGAGAAAGCGAGCGAGAUCGAGGGACAGAGAAGAGGAGGAAGGAGGAUUGUGCAGAUGAAGCGAGAGAAAAAGCAGAUUCAAAAAUCGUUACGUGUAAACGAUGCCUAGCCCAGGCGGUGUCGGUGACAACGGUGUCCAAGGAGUACGCGGCAAAGGAUUGCCGCACGUGAUCUACUGCCGACUUUGGCGCUGGCCAGAUUUGCAAUCGCACCACGAACUAAGGGCAAUCGAGCAUUGCGAGUACGCGUUCACGCAAAAACGGGACGAAGUCUGCAUCAACCCGUACCACUAUCAACGAAUACAAACACCAGUUUUGCCAGCCAUUCUCGUACCACGGCAUACCUUGGCCGGGGACGAGUCCGUCCUAUACAAUACUUCCAUCGAGGAGCUCAGUGUCAGCGUGCCAGAAAACACGAGCUUCCACGCGACCUUAAAUCAUCAGCACCAUAAUCAACAAAGCAUACCGCAGUCACCGCAACAACAGCAGCAACAACAACAGCAACAACCACCGAACAAUCCGUAUCAAGGAAUGCAGAGUAUGCAGGCGACAAGUCCGGCUAGCGUUGGGAGUCUAGGAAGUGUUCAGGGUUCACCACAUCCGGCGCCUGGGUCCAUGGAUCCUCCUGCCGAUACUCCACCUCCGGGAUAUAUAAGCGAAGAUGGUGAUAACAUGGAUCACAACGACAACAUGUCCUUAUCGCGUUUGUCUCCCAGUCCUGUUGACGCACAACCAGUUAUGUAUUGCGAACCAGCAUUUUGGUGUUCGAUAAGUUACUACGAGCUGAAUACGAGAGUAGGCGAGACGUUUCAUGCGUCGCAACCGAGCAUAACGGUGGACGGAUUCACCGAUCCCAGUAACUCCGAACGUUUCUGUUUGGGUUUACUGUCCAACGUUAAUCGUAACACCGUGGUUGAACAGACGAGACGACAUAUCGGGAAAGGAGCUAGAUUAUACUACAUUGGUGGUGAGGUGUUUGCCGAAUGUUUAUCGGAUUCGAGCAUUUUUGUUCAGAGUCCUAAUUGUAAUCAACGUUAUGGUUGGCACCCUGCCACUGUUUGUAAAAUACCACCCGGUUGCAAUUUGAAGAUCUUCAAUAACCAAGAAUUUGCCGCAUUGUUAUCGCAAUCAGUUUCCCAAGGAUUCGAAGCAGUGUACCAGUUGACUCGUAUGUGCACGAUCAGAAUGAGUUUUGUAAAGGGUUGGGGAGCAGCGUAUCGUCGGCAAACCGUGACGUCGACUCCUUGUUGGAUAGAGUUGCAUUUAAACGGUCCAUUACAGUGGCUCGAUAGGGUACUCACGCAGAUGGGAUCGCCGCGUUUACCCUGUUCCUCAAUGUCAUAAGGUUGUAUGCUUUUCUCCUUGAUGGAUGCGGGAAAACAGGGACAAUUCGCAUGCUGUCAUUGUUGUUGUCGUUGUGUACAUUGGUUUUUCUUACCGCGGAUUUAUUGUUUUAUCCGAAUUCUUUCCAACCACCACCGACCACAGUGAUAAACAGUGCAAGAAAAAUAGAUACGAUCACCGUUUUUACGAAGCGUAUACGUGUAUCCUAGCUUGAAAAGUGCAUGGAAUACGAGAUCGUGUUCGAAGUGCCAGAAAAGCAUUCGUUCGGACGAAUGAAAAUAAAACUGGCGAUCGGUUAGUUAUAGAAACGCUCAAGUGCUCGAAUCGCGUUGCUUCGUCGAUGUUUCCUACGAAGAAAAGGAAAGGACGAUGUGCGGGCAAAUGAGUGAAGAUGAGACCGGUUGAAAAUAUCAUUUAUACAGUUAUCACCAGUACAGAAAACCAAUUUUUCAAUAAACUGGGACAUUACGGUUGAGAAUAACAAAUAACAAAAUAAGUAGAUACUAUUGACUCACUUACCGCAUUGAUAUGUGGAUAUAGUGCUUUACGAUCCAGGGUUACGAAUCCGAUUUUAACUGAAUUAACAGGGCGAAAACAAGCGCGACUCUGUGUGUGCAUCUGUGUAUGUACGUAUACAUAUGGGCGUACGUUUGUAUCCAUAUAUGUAGCUGCAUGUGUAUACGUGCAUCACAUUAAAAGAAAGCUCAGUCUUUACAUAUUUUUAUCGCUUGUUAAGUCAAUGCACUUCAGUCGUACAGUAUACGUCAGCCCUUACAAAAUAAUACAUAUUAUGUACGUUCACACUGUUUAUAGUCUGCUGAGAAGAAUUUCUAUAUAGAGUGGGUAAACGUGUAUACCCGUUGAAAAGUUUCUAACAGCACUGGUCUAUUUGGAGUCUUUGUCAGUGUUUUUCCUACGAAUAAAGCGUUAAAAAAGAAAUACAUCUGUAAAGUCUAUUUCUCUUACACGAUAACGAUACGGAAGGAUUACAGUGUUCAACAUGUACGUAACUAUUUACACGUUUCAUUAACGUUAUUACAUCCUUGGAUGGACCAGAAUGUUCAAAUAUUCUCAUAAUGGAUCGCAUCAGGACGGAUAGUUAUGUUUCUGCGUAUUUGGAGGUUUUGUGAAUGGUUAGUCAGUUCAGACGAAUCAUUCAGCACAUAAUGCGGACAAUGUUUUAACAGACAUUUCUGGGUCGAAAUUGAAAAUGUUGUUACGUAUUAAGGUGUCUUAUCUCGAGUAAUUGAUAUUCUUAUUAAGGAUAAGCGCUAUAUUUCUUAACGUUGAUAGGAGUACUAAGCGCACGAAGUCUAUGGUAGACGGAUAUAUCUAUUUACUUGAUAUCGCAUGGAAAAAAUUGAUCAAUACUACAGAAAAUUAUGUACGUAUAUUUACUAUCGAGCAUCUGAAACUUUAUGCGCCACGUAGCAAACGUUAACCGUAUGAGUGCCACGAAUUAUCGCAGAAGUUAAUCGGCGAGAGCCAAUCUUAUCCUUUUAUCAAUCUCUGUUUUACAAUUUACAAUAUUCAUUAUUAAUUUAGUUGCUUAUAAUUUAAAAUUAUUAUUGAAGUUUUUGUCUUGUAAUAUUUCUGUAUGACAGAUGCGAUGGCAUUUUCCGAUAUAGCAUGUGACCAGCGUAAUCACGUUGCGUGGCACUUAGAGGGUUAAAAAGCACAUUUUCGUGUUGAUAUUCAGCGUAGCGAAUCACUUGUUAUUUAAAAAUCGUUGCAGGAAUGUUGGUUCGUUGUAUAGGAUCGUAAACGAUGUUUUUUUUUUUUAUGGAGAAAACAUGUUCUUGCAUGCAGAAGAUAAUCAAUCAUUUGAUUACACUAUAAGCUUUGAAACGAUACAAUUGAAAUGUCUUCUGAAAUUUUAUAUGAAACUAAUGAACGUAGGAAAAGCGCAUACAGUUUUCGAGCGAUACAAAAGGCACAAUAAAAUGAAAAUUUAUAAGGAUAAGGAAACUUUAUCAAGAGAGAGUGCAAGAAAAUAAUGGUCUGGCCUUGAAUGUGAGAUGCUUUUAGAUAUAUCGAGCACAUUGUUUCUACACUAUUUUAAAUUCAUUUACAAAUUGUUUUAGAGUCGAGUGUAUUAAAAAGUUUCUAUUUUAUUGUAGAAUUUAUAAAAUAUUUCAUAUUCGAGACUAACCGAGACAAAAGGAAAACAACUUUUAGAAACUUCAACGUCUUUCACGUAGAACAUAUGAACAUAAAAAUGAGAUAACGAAGUUACGUAUUUUAUUAUAUUAUGAGAUAUAUAUUAAUAUCGAUGUACGAAUAGUCUUUGCACCAAGUGCAUGGAUUCAGUUAUCUUCUUCUUCUUUUUUAACGAAUAAAUUUUUAAAAAUAAUCUAUACACGACUUCUAUGGAGUCUUUAUGUACGAUAGGGGCCAAUUGCACGCACAGAAUGUGAGAUUUAAUCUCAACAAGAACGUCAAAUCUUAUAAGGAAUCGGUUCCUUUUUUAUAUAUUUUUUGCCAGCAUCGAUCAUUUUACAAUUUUUCUAAUUAACUUUUGAAAUAGUAGACAAAUUGGUUUAAUCAUUAAUUCGUGUAUAAAAUUGUAUAAAUUUUAUCAUGUAGAAAGGAACGAUUGAAUGUUUCCGUUAAUUAUUAAGGCAAAGAAAACAUUGUCGUGAAUAAUCGCAAAUGCGAAAAAUCUAUUUUUUUAAUAGUGUCUUAAUCGUUUUGACGAAGAAACAUUAUGUGCUAAGUUUUUAAUCACUUUAAUGAAAAGGCAAGUGAUUUUUGAUCCAUUAUAGGUACAUAACAAUUCUCAUGAAUCGAUCGACGUCUUUUGUUCGUAUUAUGUAGCUGAUCACUCUGUAAUAUCCUAUAUCAUUUUUCUAAUAUUUUAUUUUUCUUUUUUUUUUUACUGUUUACAGACCUGCCUUUUGUACGUCGUUAGAUCAAGAGAUACGGCAGUGACGAAGACGAUUCGUGAACUUACUGAUUACAAAUUUUUAUCGAAUCGAUACCAUGUUCCAAUGAUUGUGUUACAUUACCAAUUCUAGAAGAAUAUCGAAGGGAGGACGAGCUUGGGCAGUAGCUAUGGAAAAGAUAGUCAAAAAAAAACGAGAUUUUAAGCGAUAUAAUUUUAUUGAUUCUUAGGUAGUAUUAUUAAUUGCACAACGUAAUAACACGAAUACGUUGAUCUCUUACAAGGAUAUUUCCUACUUCUAAUCAACAUGCAUAUCUGAUGUUUCAUGUUUUCACGAGGAAAAUUUGAUGUCGUCGUAAAUUGUUCGAAAUCAUAAAAAAAACAUAUACAGACCUCGUGAAAGUCAAACACGACAUCGUCGGGCAGCUCGAAUAAUCGAAUAGUAAUACAAACGAGAAAGAAAAUAACUGUAUAUCAGUAAUAUAUGAUACACACCUACCUAAUUGAUAUUGUCUCGCGUGAGAAAAAAUUAAAAUGUUUGAUCGUCGAAUACUUCUUAACAACCACUUGCCUCUCUGUCAGACUGCCACUAGUAUAUUAAUUAAGGAAACAUGAACAGGGGAAUCGAAGAACCCGCCCUCGCCUUUCUUCGUCGUCCUGGAACUCCUACUCGUUCGUUUUACGUUAGCAUAAGAUCAAAAUAAAUGCAUCUAUGACGUGAAGAAAGAGACAGACCACUGAAAAACGCGUUUAAUUCGCCAAAGUAUAUUAAGUGUAGCAAUUGCCAAAGUUUUUCUUUUCUUUUUGUAAGUACAAGAACGUCGAGCCGACUGCGACUGUAGUAGUCGCGAUUCAGAUGCGCACGAAUUGUUAAAUUAUAAACGUUCUCGUUUUUCUUUUUCCCUUACAAAUUCGUAAUUGUUACCAUUGUUACCAUUGUGUUUCUUUACUUUUAUUCUAGAUAUGUUUAGUGUCUUGACCUGCCGAACAAUCGAGCGGUCCGACGAUUUUAUAAAUUUUUAAUUCUAUAGCUACUUAUAUAUUUUGUGUGCUAAUAGACGCAUGCACACAAAGGGAAGCAUCGACUAACGUAUAACUUCUACAAAUCAGAUAUUUUUUUACAUAUUAAAAAGACGUGAAAUUUUUUUGCGUGCGAUACAUUUGAUGACGGUUGUUGUCGUCGAUGUUCCCCUGGUGUGGAUGAGAUGUUUUACGAGAAUACGAGAUAAAAUCGCGAGCUUGAAAGAACGAGUGCGAGAGUAUAUAGGUGAGACGUCGAGUCGAUAAAUAUCGAGUGUGAGAUUGUAUGAUAAUUAUAAAUAAAUGUACACAUUAAGUCUAAUAAACAUGAUUCUGUCGCUUUUUAUUAA